ACAUUCCUUCGAUGUCCAUCUCUCUCCCGGUGCAUCUCCUCGCUUUCAUAUUCUCUAAACCCUAGAAAGGAAAUCAAUCAGAAUAAUUCCCUUUCUGGGGUUUACAUUUAAUCCUUCCUUUUGUUUCAGUGUGCUUGUUUUGUGCUUAAAGAAUCGCGGGAUGGAUCUUCCGAGCUUGGCUGUGAUCCUGCAGGGCGCACUUAGCACCAAUCCCGACCAACGGAGGGCCGCUGAAGAGAGUCUCAAUCAGAUUCAGUUUGCACCCCAGCAUUUGGUCAGGCUGUUGCAGAUCAUAGUAGAAGUCAGUUGUGAUUUAGCGGUUAGACAAGUCGCUAGCAUUACCUUCAAGAAUUUCAUUGCUAAAAACUGGGAUCCUCAUGAACCAGGUGAACAAUCAAGGAUAUUGCCUGAGGACAAGGAAGUUGUGAGGCAGAACAUACUGAACUUUAUUACCCAGGUUCCACCAAUUUUAAGAGCACAGCUGGGUGAGUGUUUGAAAACAAUUAUACAUGCAGAUUACCCAGAACAAUGGCCAGCUCUUCUGCAUUGGGUGAAGCAUAAUUUGCAGGAUCAGCAAGUUUAUGGUUCUUUGUUUGUGCUAAGGAUUCUCUCCAGGAAAUACGAGUUUAAAUCAGAUGAUGACAGAAUACCAGUUAAUCACAUUGUGGAAGAAACAUUUCCUAAUCUCCUUAACAUAUUUAACCAGCUCGUUCAGGUUGCUAACCCUUCGGUGGAAGUAGCAGAAUUGAUCAAGCUGAUUUGCAAAAUAUUCUGGUCAUCUAUUUAUUUGGAGAUCCCAAAGCAGUUAUUCGAUCCAAAUGUAUUCAAUGCCUGGAUGAUUCUUUUCUUGAAUAUAUUGGAGAGGCCUGUCCCUGCAGAAGGACAACCUGAAGAUCCCGAGCUACGAAAAACAUGGGGAUGGUGGAAAGUAAAGAAGUGGACGGUUCAUAUAUUAAACCGCCUUUAUACUCGGUUCGGGGAUGUUAAACUUCAAAACCCAGAAAACAAAGCUUUUGCUCAAAUGUUCCAGAAGAAUUACGCAGGGAAGAUUUUGGAGUGCCAUCUAAAUUUGUUGAAUGUGAUCCGCGUUGGAGGCUAUUUGCCUGACAGAGUUAUCAAUCUUAUCCUGCAAUAUCUUAGCAAUAGUAUCUCCAAAAGUAGUAUGUAUAGUCAGCUGCAACCAAGACUUGAUAUUGUUCUUUUCGAGAUCAUCUUUCCCCUGAUGUGCUUCAGUGACAAUGAUCAGAGGCUCUGGGAUGAAGACCCCAAUGAGUAUGUGAGGAAGGGAUAUGACAUAAUUGAGGAUUUAUACAGUCCUAGAACUGCUGCAAUGGAUUUCGUCAGUGAGUUGGUGAGGAAACGCCAAAAAGAGAAUCUUCAAAAGUUCUUAUUGUUUAUUGUAGAUGUUUUUAAGAGAUAUGAGGAGGCAGCACCAGAAUAUAAGUCCUUCAGACGAAAAGAUGGUGCUCUUCUUGCUAUUGGAGCUUUGUGUGAUAAACUGAAGCAGACAGAACCAUACAAAUCUGAGCUGGAGAGAAUGCUUGUACAACAUGUUUUCCCCGAAUUCAGCAGUCCUGUAGGGCAUCUUCGAGCAAAGGCUGCAUGGGUUGCAGGACAAUAUGCACAUAUCAAUUUCUCCGACCCAAACAACUUCCGAAGAGCAUUACACAGUGUUGUUGCUGGGAUGCGUGACCCAGAACUUCCUGUUCGGGUUGAUUCUGUCUUUGCCCUACGAUCUUUUGUGGAAGCCUGCAAUGACUUGAGUGAGAUCCGUCCAAUUCUUCCACAACUACUUGAUGAGUUUUUUAAGCUUAUGAAUGAAGUUGAGAAUGAAGAUCUUGUGUUUACACUUGAGACAAUAGUUGAUAAGUUUGGAGAGGAGAUGGCUCCAUAUGCCCUUGGACUAUGCCAAAACUUGGCUGCUGCAUUUUGGAAAUGCAUGAAUACUGCUGAGGCAGAUGAGGAAGGUGAUGAUCCUGGCGCUUUGGCUGCUGUUGGUUGCUUACGUGCCGUAAGCACAAUUCUUGAGUCAGUCAACAGCCUUCCUGAUCUAUUUAUACACAUUGAGCCUACUUUAUUGCCUAUAAUGCGCAGAAUGCUGACUACUGAUGGACAAGAGGUAUUUGAGGAAGUUUUGGAGAUAGUGUCAUAUAUGACUUUCUUCUCACCUACUAUAUCACUGGAGAUGUGGAGCCUUUGGCCAUUGAUGAUGGAAGCGCUGGCUGAUUGGGCCAUUGAUUUUUUCCCAAAUAUCUUAGUGCCACUAGACAACUAUAUAUCAAGAAGUACAGCACAUUUUCUCACAUGCAAGGAACCAGAUUACCAGCAAAGCCUUUGGAACAUGAUAUCAUCUGUUAUGGGUGAUAAAAAUCUGGAGGAUGGAGAUAUUGAACCAGCACCUAAGCUUAUUCAAGUAUUAUUCCAGAACUGUAGAGGUCAGGUCGAUCAUUGGGUUGAGCCUUACUUGAGAAUAACUGUGGAACGCCUGCGUCGUACUGAGAAGCCUUACUUGAAAUGCCUAUUGAUGGAAGUGGUUGCUGAUGCUUUGUACUAUAAUGCAUCGUUCACUCUCAGCAUACUGCAAAAGCUUAAUGUUGCCACAGAAGUUUUCAAUCUUUGGUUCCAGAUGUUGCAUCAAACAAAGAAAAGUGGAGCACGAGCUAAUUUUAAAAGAGAACAUGAUAAAAAGAUAUGCUGUUUGGGAUUGACAUCUUUAAUCCCACUUCCUGCUGAUCAGCUACCAGGUGAAGCAUUGGAGCGUGUUUUCAAGUCUUCUCUUGAUCUGCUUGUUGCAUAUAAGGAUCAAGUAGCAGAGGCUGCUGCUAAGGAGGAGGAGGAAGAUGGUGAAGAUGAAGAAGACGAUGAUAUGAGCAAUUUUCAAACUGAUGAUGAGGAAGAUGGUGAUGAUAGUGACAAAGAGAUGGGGGUUGAUGCUGAGGGUGGUGAUGAAGCUGAAAGCCUUAAACUUCAGAAGCUGGCUGCCAAGGCCAAGGCUUUCCGUUCCACUGAAUUUGAUGAUGAAGAUUCAGAUGAUGAUUUCAGCGAUGAUGAAGAAUUGCAAUCGCCAAUUGAUGAUGUUGACCCUUUCAUUUUCUUUGUAGAUACCAUAAAAGUCCUGCAAGCAUCGGAUCCAUUGAGGUUCCAGAAUAUUAGCCAAACGCUUGAUUUUCGUUAUCAGGCUCUAGCAAAUGGUGUUGCUCAGCAUGCUGAACUGAGACGGGUGGAAAUUGAAAAGAAAAAAUUGGAAAAAGCUACUGGUGCAGUUGCUGCUGCCUCGUGAUGUUCAGCUUGAAUACUGAACUCACGCUUGCCCCCUCUGAAUUCUUUGGUUAGUCACAUCACAAUGUUAAAAAUACCAAGGGUCUCCCAGUUUCCUAGUUUCUAGGGUAGCUCAUUUGGGGCUCUUGGGUCUAUGUUUAUAUGUGGUUAAUCAAUCAGGUUCCAGUUUUUCUAGCAUUUCCCAAGGUAUCUAUCUCAUUGGGGACUGGGAUCCUGGCCUGGUAAUUGAUUGUAUUGUGAAUUGGUUCUUCUACAUCAGAAGGUUCCAAUUGCCUGCCUGUUGGUCUUUGCAGGUGUCCAUCAUUUGUAUCAUUCGUUAACGAAAUACAUUCUCUUGUCAAGGUUAAGAAAAGUUGUUACUCUUUAGAAAUCACUUCUGUUUUGGUUAGGCAGGAGGGUGAAAUGCAUAAAAGUUUUGAUGCAUCACUAGAAGAGUCUGGAUAGGUAGUUGAUGGCUGUAUUUUACAUUUUUUGAUUUGUCGCAUCCUAAUUUUUGGUCUGUGGAUGUUGUCUCUAUUUUGUUUCCCAGCAUUGGUCUGUCUAGUUUUUAGAGGUUUUGAGCUUUCCUGAGGUGCAAUACAUAGUUGAAUUUUCUACCGAAUGUAGAACUCACUGUAUUCUUUUCACCUGUGUUAUCUUUUUGGGAGAGCAAAAUAUAUUGAAUUAUUGUUGCUCUGUUUAGCUUA